AAUGUCUGUUGAGGGCUGUGCUGCAACAGACGAGGAUUUGAGACAACUUGUAAACGCAUCAAUAGACCGCAUUUCACAAAACACAGACGGUGAAAACCUAGGAGAUACUCUCAGUUGUCAGAACAUCAGGGUCGCGAAAGUACAUUUAGAUGGGUUGAGACGAACGAAAAAGACUCAUUUUAAUGGACGAUCGAUGUUCAACGACGUUCUGAGAGCGAGAAAUGUGCAAGAUUUAGCGGAAGGUAGCGUGACUCUAAGAGAGAAGUUAAAAAGUGUGGGAGUGUUCAAGGAUGUUGCGAUAACUGUCGACGCUAGCGACAGACAACCGCUAUUCCCAGAUGUGAAAUGUGUCGAUCUAGUUCUAGACUGCAAAGAAUCUAACAUGCUCAAAGCAAGCAUCAAUAUGAUGGCUGGUUCCAAUGAACUAUCAGGCCAGACAGUGCUCAAACUAGCCAACGUAUUAGGCAGAGGCGAAGGAAUUUCUUUCGGAUACUCGCGCAGUACGGCUAAUAUUGGCUCCUACUCUCUAGACCUGACCAAACUUCUUAGUCACGACUUCAACACAAACUUAAAAGUUGCUCUAAUCAAAGCGUAUGAACCGAGUUACAUCAGUAACUACGACUUGAGAAAUUGUGGAAUUAUUGCCGAAGUUUCGAGGCCCCAUAAUAAAUGGUGCUCAACAUUACGUUACGGGGGAAUGUGGCGAAACUUCCAUUGUCCUUCGUGGGAAACGCCUUUCGAUAUACGAAUGGAUUCGGGCCAUUCUCUAAUAUCAUCACUGAUGUACACGUUAGCCUAUAGUUCCAGAGUGGGGGCCGGAAGCACGUCAAUUGCUCCUGGACUUAAUAUGCAAAAUAAAGUAGAACUAGCUGGAAAUGUUCUUGGAGGAGAUCACAAUUUCUUGAGGCUGGAAACGAAGUUGAAGAAAAUUGUGAAUCUUACAAGUUGGGCUAAAGUUUCUCUGUCUCUAAAUGCAGGUCAUGUGAUGUCUUUAAAUGACGAUAAGCCUCCGUCAAUAGUUGACAGAUUCUUUCUUGGGGGACCUGGAAGCGUCAGAGGGUUCAUGAUGGGAGGUUUGGGUCCUCACAGGAACAAUUGUGCUUUUGGCGGUGCUACAUAUUGGUCUUCAGGUCUCUCAAUAUUCACAAGACUGCCUUUCAGACCUGGAAAAGGCAGCUUUGGUGACCAGUUUUGGCUACAUGCUUUCGCUAAUACAGGAAACUUGUUUGAGAAAUUCGAUUUCAGUGAGCCGGAUUUUGUGAACAGACUUGGCAUUGGUUCGAGAUACACGAUAGGAGCUGGAAUCCAUUGGAGGUUUCUGAACUAUGCAAGUAUUGAGUUGAAUUACUGCAUUCCUAUGUCGACUCAACCUUCUGACAGAGCUCAGCCAGGCGUGCAAUUGGGAGUUUCUUUGGAUGUGCUCUGAUACUUGUUCUGACAUGAUAAUUUUUACUAGUACUUGAAAUGAAUUUAAAUUGAUCUAAAA